UUGGUUUCCUUUGCACUCGUUGCCUCAGUUCCUCUCACGUCCUUGCUACGGCGUGAUUACUACCGUGUGUACACAGCAUAUAAAGUAAACAGGUAGCAUCAGGUGAACAGCAAUCUUAUCAGUGAAAUUUGCGGUAUAUCAAAAGGACGCUUGUCAGAAGAGUGGGAAAGUCGGUGGGAAGCGAGGAGUCAGCGUCAGAGGACAAUCCAUUAAUACGUUGCAGAGGGCGGGCGGCGGCUUUUGAGGAUGCUGUAAAAUAUUCACACGGUAUGUCUAACGACAAGUCCCUUCAGAAAAUGACCAUGCCAAAAGGUGUUCGUUGUCUGCCGGUGUUGCUGUUGUUCCAUUUUUUGGCACUGGAGAAAGGUGUCCGGGGCAUCAGCUGCUAUGUGUGCUCCUCCAAGAAUGGGUCAGACGUGAACUGCGAGGACCCCUUCCACCCCGCCCACUCUGUGUUCUCCCAAGACUGUAAAGUGCCCAAAGAAGGUCACAUCGGCCAGUUUCCUGCCAACUACUGCGUCAAAAUCAUUGGAACUUCAGUGAGGACGAGUGAGUCGUUGAUGAUCCGGACGUGCGUGCUGGAAAACAUGGACUCCCAAUGCGGAGUCUUCAAAUUCGGAGGCGAACAACUAACCGGAUGUAUCUUGACGUGCACCUAUGAUGGCUGCAACGCCGCCCCGCCCGCCGCCAUCUCCCGCCUAUCUCUGUUGCUGCUGCUGCCCCUUGCCUUACUGCUCAUUGUUUAUCGUUUGUGUUAAUUGUUCGUUAUUUCUGAGAGUUGAUUAUUUUGUUUUUGCAAUUGUUAUUCUAAAGUGGAUGAGUGUUGAAAAUAAGGAAAAGGGCACCUCGGGAUAGGGUAAGAAACAAAAAACAAAAAAUAUUCAGUAUUUUGUUACUUUCUUAGCAAAGCAGUGAGAAGUCUGGUGAAGUUAUUGAAAGCAACUUGUCAUGCAACGUAUUAAGUUCAAGUAGUGAUGUGCUGGUGGCGAUAUUUCUGACAAAUUUCCAAUACGAUCGAAAUGUAUGUGUGUGUGUGUGUGUGUGUCGUGUACACCAGCAUGACCUCUAUGAAUAGGUUUAAUAGCUCAUUGAAGCUUCAGACUUCGAAACAAAAGAUUCAUGGUCUUUCGGCAAAGCUUCGGAUUUUUGUGUGCAGACUUCAUUAUGAAUUAACGAAAGUAUUUUACAGGGAAGUAUUGUUACUAACGGUGCCGUAGGUAAGAAAAAAUCAUGUAAUUCUCAUGAUUAUGUUAAUACAGUAUUACAUAGGUGACAUUUAAUUAUUCAUUACAUUUAAUAACUAACAAUAGUCUUUAGCGUAAUGGUCAAGCUGUUUGGUGAGAAUAUGCAAAGCGGAGACGGAUUUCACGGGAGAGUAAAGGAGUCAUUGCUUGAAAAAAGAAAAUGUGGAAAGGCCCUGUCACUCAUGUAAUUUUCUCAGCCAUUCCUUCAUCCCCUUUGCCACUUUACCGUUUAAAAUUCAUCUUUACACCAUUUCAACGAUACUCUUUAUGUGUGUGUGUGUGUGUGUGUGUGUGUGUGUGUGUGUGUGUGUUUGUUUGUUGUAGUUAUACUAGUUGUUAGAAUCAGACAAUAUACAAACACAUAAUUUUGAUCAAUUGCCUUGUUCUGGAUUUUUUUUUUUUUUUUUUUUUUUUUACUAUUAUUAUCUUAUCGCACCUGCCAUUGAUUAAGUGCAUCAUUACUUUUUUUUUCUGUAAGACCACCAAUGGGAAACCGAAGGAUUCAAUGUUUCAACUAGGCUUUAAAUGCGGUUGUCAAUUAUCGUUUAUAUUGAAAGUAUUUAACAUUAAGCGUGAGUAUCUUACAGGAAUCUGUUGCCAGUAGAGAGGUUAUAGAGCAAUAUUACGUGUGUUGCAUACGAGUAAUUCAUUAUUUAGCAUGUACAUCAAGUCCUUACAACGUCGUUAUAAUCGUUCUGGUUGUUAACAUAGUAAUGACAUUCAGCAAAGAGUGAAGCAAAGAUUGAGAUAACCCUGCAGUCUUCGAGUAGUGGCCGUGGAAGAGAGGUUGAGAGAAGAAUGUGCACUUCCACCACCAUGUUGAAGGUAAGGGAGAGUUUUGCUGAAGGAAUCGACACAUUAAUGUUAAGUUUUGUCCUAUUUCUUGUUAUGCCACCGUAUGUUACUUAUUCUUAAAUUGCUUGGUAUUCACUCGUGCAAAUUUUAACAAGUUACAGCGUAGUUAUCUUACAUUUGUCACUUUUUUUUGUACGGCGACAAAAUGUAUGAAUAUAUUAAUGAUUGAAUGAUACGGACAAUAACGAAUAAGGCGAUAAAUGUUAUUAGAUGAGUGAUGUUGUGUUUGUUUUAAAUGUAACCCUAGUUAUAAAGUUUUCAUUUACCAUU